UGUGGCUUUAGACAAAAAAGAAUCCAUGGAAAAGAAAACACACAAGUAUUUACGUACAUACAUAGAUAUAUAUUAUGUAAAUAUAAUUUUUAUUUAUUCAUUUAUUCGUACAUAUGAAUAUCUGUACAACAGAACGUUAAGUGAAGUCCAAUCAUAGAAUGAUUGAAAUUAAAGCCACGAUGACAUCAGGAAAAUAAUCGGCAAACGUUAGAGGAUUUUUAUGAAAACAUUUUUCUACAAAUUGUGCUACAGAAUAUAAGAAUGUGCUCGUACAUUUUAAAGUACUGUGAUUGUUUUAAAAUGCAUACAAAAUGUCAAAAUGAGAUUCAACAACAACAAGCUUUAAUAAUUCAACUUCAAGAAGAUUUAGUUGAUAAGAAUAAAAGAAUAUCAGAAUUAUCAGGUUUAUUGGAUAAAUAUCAAAGUGUAUUUAAUCAGUCACCAUCUUUAUCGACACCAGUAACAGUGAUUAAAGGUCAAAUACAACCACAACAAUCAAGAGAACGACAAUUGGGCUUGAAUGAUGUUGUGUUUGGAUUUGGUGGCAAUGAUCAAUCACAUGUACAUGAUCCAACUGUACAAACGAGAAAACGUGGUAUCGGUAUAUCAGCUGAACCUCAAAAUGAAGAUGAAAUUCAAUCGAAAGAACUUAAAUCAUAUCCCAAGUCAGAGGAUGUUCGUAAAUUAAUAAAAGGUGCUAUUCUGGAAAAUGACUUCAUGAAUCAUAUCGCAUCAAGUCAAUUGAGUCAGUUAGUCGAUUGCAUGUACAGCAUAGAGUUUACUGCGGGUGAAAUGAUCAUUACUGAAGGCGAUUAUGGCUCGUUAGUGUAUGUAUUAGGCGAGGGACAACUAGAAAUUUCCAAAGAUGGUCGAAAAUUAAGAGUGCUAGAUCGUCCGACAGUACUAGGGGAAUUAGCUGUUUUAUAUAAUUGCACUCGAACUGCCAGUGUUAAGGCUAUAACAAACGGAACACUUUGGGCAAUUGACAGAACAUCAUUUCAAACUAUAUUAAUGAGAGAUCAUUUACAAAAACACAAUGAUUACAUAACAUUCCUUAAAAGUGUACCAACAUUUAGUAAUUUACCAGAUAGUACAAUAUCCAAAUUAGCAGAUCAACUGAAUGAAGUUACCUAUCGUCCAAAUGAAUAUAUAAUACGUCAAGGUGCAAGAGGUGACAAUUUCUACAUAAUUGCUGAUGGUCAUGUGAAGGUGACCAUUUAUCCAACAACAGAGAAUGGAGUAAUUGAUCGUACAAAAGAGCCUCAGUUUGUACGUACACUAGGUAGAGGAGAUUGGUUUGGUGAAAAAGCAUUAACUGGUGACAACUUACGAACGGCCAAUAUUAUUGCAACUGGAGAUGAAGGGGUAACAUGUUUAGCUUUGGAUUUAGAGUCAUAUAGCCUUUUGAUUGCUGAUUUGGCUGCAUUAAAAAGGCGAUAUUCACAAGAAAAACCGCAAGAAAAUACAAUUGAAGAAUAUAAGCCAGAAUUUCAAAACUUACAAUUUCAAGAUCUAAAAAUUAUGUCUACUUUGGGUUCUGGAGGUUUUGGUCGUGUUGAGCUCGUAAGUAUAGGAAGUGAUAAGACAAAAACAUAUGCUUUAAAAAAGAUGAGAAAACAGCAUAUUAUUGAAACAAAACAAGAGGAACAUGUAAUAAAUGAGCGUAAUAUCAUGUUACAUACAGAUUGUGAUUUUAUUGUAAGACUAUGCAAAACAUUCAGAGAUAAUAAAUAUGUCUAUUUACUGCUUGAAGUAUGUCUGGGUGGUGAACUUUGGUCUCUUCUAAAGGACAAAUAUUUUUUCACGGAACAAGCUACACAGUUCUAUGUGGCAUGUGUAGUUGAAGCAUUGGAUUACUUACAUAGGAAAAAUAUUGUGUAUCGUGAUUUAAAACCGGAAAAUAUUAUGCUGGAUACACAAGGAUAUUGUAAACUAACAGAUCUUGGAUUUGCUAAACAGUUACCGUAUGGAGCUAAAACAUGGACAUUCUGUGGUACACCAGAGUAUAUGGCACCCGAAGUAAUAUUAAAUAAAGGUCAUGAUAUUGCUGUUGAUCAUUGGUCAUUAGGUGUAUUGUUAUUUGAACUACUGACAGGCUUACCACCAUUUGAAUCACCAGAUACAAUGCGCACAUAUGGAAUUAUAUUAAAAGGAAUAGAUGCUGUUAAUUUUCCAACAAGAAUGUCAAAAAAUGCUCAAUCUUUAGUUAAAAAACUUUGUCGUGAAAAUCCGACUGAACGAUAUGGCAUAGGAAAAGAAGGACUACGCGAAAUCGAAAGGCAUGUAUGGUUUGAAGGAUUCGAUUGGGUUGGAUUACGUAAACGAGUAUUAAAAGCACCAUAUGAAAGACAAGUGAUUCAACAUAUUUUUUUAAUUAGUAGAAUCAGUUCUUAACAUAUUUAAAUGCCAGCUUAAACACUGCAUAUGUUAAUUAUAUUUCAAAAUAUUUUUAAAUUGCCAUUUUGUUCAUUAUGAAUAGCUGACAUUUUAUUUAUUUAUGUGAACACAUAAAUAUCGGUACAAAGGGGCACACACGUGCUAGUUCAUUUGUGUGUUAGCUGUGAUACUGCCCGUGUGUCCAGACCGAAACAGGUGGUUUCCUUAGGGGGCCACACACAGAGCCUUCGACUAAAAAGUCUGAUCCACAAGCCAGUGGGGCAACUUUAGGAGAUGCACUCUCAUGGUAACCGGUGACCAACAUUUGGUUCGUACGCAAUUUGUUCCUUCAGGAUCCUGGAGCUCAUGUGCACCAUCGAUUUGGAAUCAGGGUUUCCCAACUCUCCUAGGUGGACCCUCCGUAUCCACCAACCCGGGUAAAGUACCGAACAUUUGCGUUUCGUUCUCUCAAUUUCGUAAACAACACCCCUGCCACGAGAAGGACCUGCCUGGCAGUGGCUGUAUACGCGUGGCCAUGUGAGUGCAUUUCGAGAUGGAGAGCUAACUCUCCUCGCCCCCGGCCAUACCAGGAAAUUCGGGGGCCUAGCUGACAUGAUUUGUAAAAACUUUACAAACCUUAAUCUGCUCAAUAUUAUUCUCAAAUCUCAUUUCUAACGACUGAAGAUCAGAAUGUGAAUGUCGACUUGACUGUUUGUUCAUUUGAAAGAUGAUAUUUGAGUGUGUAACACUCUUGUGCCACUGGCUCCAGAAACUUUAAGUGACCCCGUCCAAUCCUCAUUAUGUGUAGAUCUGAACAACAAAUUUGAAUAUUUCGGUAAGGAAGUUUUAAAGAAUUAAAUGACGAAUAAAUAACAUGACGUUAUUUGUUACUCGGUGACAAACUAGCAUGAAAACCACAUUCCUACAGGAUGUCAGACGCAGCCCUAACAGAUUAGUAUAAAGUUACCAAACACAGCAGUGAGCGAAGCGGGUUCAAUUUACAUGAAUAGCAUUUUUUCUCUCUGAACUGCAUACACACCUUGACUAUGAGUUUUGAGCAGCACGAGUCCCAGGUCGAGAUUAAGAUCUGUCUCAAAAUUUGGAGCACUUGAGUUCCUAGCAUAUAGUGAUAAGUUUCAGGUCUGUUCCAUGCACUUACGUCUGAGCAGACAGCUAGUAUUGUAGCGUAUGUGAACUGAUGGGCGUAAAACCAACUCAUUUUUUAAUUCAAAACUGCAUAGUACUUUUGUAAAACAUGAAAACCAUGCAGUCAAUACAUUAUUUGCACAUCUUUGCUCUGUCCUUUGUAUACUCCACUAUUCCUCUAAUUCUAUUGCUAUUUUGAUUUCUCUCCGAUUUCCUUUCAGUUCUCUUUAAUUCAAUCCCCUGAUGACAGGUAUUUCACUUCCAAAUGCGGUUAGAUAUUACUUAUAUCUCUCAGAAUAAGUAACAUAGACCACGGUAUCAUUGUUUAGGAGAAAGAAAUAUAUUUCUCAGUUCCAACACGUGAUCUAUUAAAAUAUUUUUGACUUAGAAAUUAGAUCCUAGAGGGAUCAAGUGAAUAUGUUUUACCUUGUACAUAAAAAUACUAAUAAGUAUUCAUAUGACAUGAGGUUUUGACUGAAGUUCACUGCGGUAAAUAAUUGUUUAUAUUAUUUAUUUUGAUAAUAAGAUUACCUAGUUAACAUAUAUUUCACAUUUUUAGAGUUUCACUUCAUUAAGACACAUAAUCGAGGAUAUUAUUUCAGUUUUAAACGGCUUCGCGUGGAAACUUAUCAAAAAACCAAGUAGCAUGGAAAAUUUAUUUCUUUCUGAAUUGAAGUUUAUCAGCAAUAUUUAAAUACGUCCACAUCUAUGAAUAAAUAUAGAAACUUCAGUUCUUACUUGCAUUAUCGUACUUAGUCAGAAUUAAUUUGUUUGAGUCUACAGCUGAUUUGUUCAAAGGAUGGCAACAUCUAAAUAAUCUUGUUUAUAUUUGUUUAAUAUAACAUUAUGUUAAGAUUUUGCCCAUUUCUCCACUUUUUCUCUCCUUUAAACAAGGUAACGUCACAAAGUGAUCUCAGACACUUCGAUGAAUAUCCAGAAGAGACAGAAGAACCAGAAGAUGAAACAUCGGGUUGGGACGAAUCAUUUUAAUAAAAAAUGGCGAAUAAACAGUGGAUGAAUGAAAAUGAGAUGGAAAUUGUUGUUCUUGAUACUUAUAUCACCCAUCUAACUAAAUUCAAUUUAUGUAAGAAAUAUAUUGAAAUGUAUCUGCUAACGUAAUUUGGAAAAAUGCGAAAUGUCAAACUCAUUGAAAAGUCAAUAAAAAGUCGGUUAUCAUAAUUAAGUAAUUAAUUGGUGAUUCAAAGGAAUAAGAAAAC